AUUUUUCAGGCUCCGCCAUCCAUGGUAAAUAAUGAACAACGGCAGCAUGCAGAGCAUAUCUUCCUCUCCUUUAGAAAGUCUAAGUCACCUUUUGCUGUAUGCAAACACAUUCUAGAAACUAGUAAAGUGGACUAUGUACUGUUUCAAGCUGCCACAGCUAUAAUGGAAGCCGUUGUGCGAGAAUGGAUCCUCCUGGAAAAAAGUAGCAUUGAAUCACUCCGAACAUUCCUAUUAACUUAUGUCUUACAGAGGCCUAACCUCCAGAAGUAUGUACGAGAACAGAUCCUCUUGGCAGUAGCAGUCAUAGUGAAGAGAGGAUCAUUAGACAAAUCAAUUGACUGCAAGAGCAUUUUCCAUGAAGUCAAUCAGUUAAUCAGCAGUGGUAACCCUACAGUUCAAACAUUGGCUUGUUCCAUAUUAACUGCACUACUUAUAGAGUUUUCAAGUUCCAGUAAAACGAGUAAUAUUGGCCUCAGUAUGGAAUUUCAUGGGAACUGCAAAAGAAUAUUCCAGGAAGAGGAUCUCCGCAGGAUCUUCAUGUUAACGAUAGAAGUUUUACAAGAAUUCAGCCGGCGGGAAAACCUCAGUGCACAGAUGUCCUCUGUAUUCCAGCGCUACCUUGCACUAGCCAAUCAAGUUUUAAGCUGGAAUUUUCUGCCUCCAAAUAACUGGGCAGACAUUAUAUAGCUAUGUUUGAAUCCUCCCAAAAUGUGAUGCUGAAGCCAACAGAGUCCUGGCGUGAAACCCUUCUUGACAGUAGAGUCAUGGAGCUGUUCUUCACAGUUCACCGGAAGAUCAGAGAGGAUUCAGAUAUGGCCCAGGACUCUUUACAGUGCUUGGCACAGCUGGCAUCCCUCCAUGGUCCCUAUCUUUCCUGAUGAGAGGUCACAAGUAGAUUACUUGGCACAUUUCAUUGAAGGAUUACUGAAUACAAUUAAUGGGAUAGAAAUUGAAGAUUCUGAAGCAGUUGGGAUUUCCAGCAUUAUCAGCAAUUUAAUAACUGUGUUUCCACGCAAUAUUCUGACCGCCAUUCCGAACGACCUUUUCUCCUCUUUUGUGAACUGUCUCACACACCUCACAUGUUCCUUUGGAAGAAGUGCUGCUCUGGAGGAAGUACUUGACAAAGAUGAUAUGGUGUACAUGGAAGCUUACGAUAAGUUGCUUGAAUCUUGGCUCACAUUGGUGCAAGAUGAUAAACAUUUCCAUAAAGGUUUCUUUACCCAACAUGCCGUCCAGGUGUUUAACUCUUACAUCCAGUGCCAUCUAGCAGCUCCUGAUGGCACGCGGAACUUGACUGCUAAUGGUGUUGCCACCCGAGAGGAGGAAGAAAUCAAUGAAAUUCAAGAAGAUGACCGUGACUUGUUCUCCGAUCAGCUGGCCAGUGUAGGCAUGCUGGGAAGGAUAGCAGCAGACCACUGCAUACCUCUGCUGACAAGCUUGCUGGAGGACAGAGUGACGAGACUUCAUGGGCAGCUACAAAGGCACCAGCAGCAGUUACUGGCUUCGCCAGGUUCAGGCUCGGCAGAUAAUAAAGUUCUGGAUGACCUGUAUGAGGACAUUCAUUGGCUUAUUUUAGUUACAGGCUACCUCUUAGCUGAUGAUGCUCAGGGUGAGACUCCAUUAAUACCUCCAGAAAUCAUGGAAUACUCAAUUAAGCAAUCGAAUGACGUUGACAUCAAACACAACACUUCAGGUCCUGGGAUCUCCUGGAGAAAAAGCUUCAUCUAUUCCGGGUUGUAAUAGGACGGACUCUGUGAUCAGGUUACUGUCUGCUGUCUUAAGAGCAUCAGAAGUAGAAUCCAGGGCCACGAGGGCAAAUUUAACGCAUCUCUUAAGCCCUCAAAUGGGGAAAGACAUUGUCUGGUUCCUGAAGCGAUGGGCAAAGACAUAUCUUCUUGUAGAUGAAAAAUUGUAUGACCAGAUCAGCUUACCAUUGAAUACAGCGUUUGGAGCUGACACAGAAGGUUCCCAGUGGAUCAUUGGUUAUCUUUUG